GAUCCCUCCAGCAUCAGGAUGUUCUUCACUUGCGGCCCCAAUGAGGCCAUGGUGGUCUCGGGCUUCUGCCGCAGCCCCCCAGUGAUGGUGGCGGGGGGCCGGGUCUUCGUCCUCCCCUGCAUCCAGCAGAUCCAGAGGAUCUCCUUGAAUACGCUGACCCUGAACGUGAAGAGCGAGAAGGUUUAUACCCGGCACGGGGUCCCCAUCUCCGUCACCGGCAUCGCCCAGGUGAAGAUCCAGGGCCAGAACAAGGAGAUGCUGGCGGCCGCCUGCCAGAUGUUCCUCGGCAAGUCGGAGAGCGAGAUCACCCACAUUGCGCUGGAGACGCUGGAGGGGCAUCAGCGGGCCAUCAUGGCCCACAUGACUGUGGAGGAAAUCUAUAAGGAUCGGAAGAAGUUCUCGGAGCAGGUUUUCAAGGUGGCCUCCUCAGACCUGGUCAACAUGGGCAUCAGCGUGGUGAGCUACACGCUCAAGGACAUUCACGACGACCAGGAUUAUCUGCACUCGCUGGGGAAAGCCAGGACCGCCCAGGUGCAGAAAGACGCGCGAAUGGGGGAAGCCGAGGCCAAGAGAGAUGCUGGCAUCAAGGAGGCUGAGGCGAAGCAGGAGAAGCUCUCUGCCCAGUACUUGAGCGAGAUCGAGAUGGCCAAGGCACAGCGGGACUACGAGCUGAAGAAAGCCACCUACGACAUCGAGGUGAACACCCGCAAGGCCGAGUCCGACCUGGCCUAUCAGCUGCAGGUGGCCAAGACCAAGCAGAAGAUUGAGGAGCAGAAGAUGCAGGUCCUGGUGGUGGAGCGGACCCAGCAGAUCCAGCUGCAGGAGCAGGAAAUCAUCCGCAAGGAGCACGAGCUGGAGGCCAUGGUCAAGAAGCCGGCCGAGGCCGAGCGCUACCGGCUGGAGAAGCUGGCAGAGGCCCAGAGGUGCCAGCUCAUCAUGCAGGCGGAGGCUGAAGCAGAGUCCCUGAGGGUGAAGGGGGAGGCGCAGGCCUUCGCCAUUGAGGCCAAGGCGCGGGCGGACGCCGAGCAGAUGUCCAAGAAGGCGGAGGCGUUCCAGCAGUAUCAGGACGCCGCCAUGGUCGACAUGCUGCUGGAGAAGCUGCCCCAGGUGGCGGAGGAGAUCAGCAAGCCGCUGAGCGCGGUGAAGAAGAUCACCAUGGUGUCGAGCGGCAGCCAGGGCAUGGGCGCUGCCAAGGUGACAGGGGAGGUGCUGGACAUCAUGAGCAAACUCCCCGAGACCGUGGAGAAACUCACCGGCAUCAGCAUCUCCCAGGGGGUCCAGAGGCGUCCGUGACUGUGUUCUGCGAUCAGGGUUCCUGGGAGCGACGUGCUGACCCUGCUCCCCCUGUUGGUUUUGCCUCCUGCCCACAGAUGAGUCAGAAGAAGCCGGGGCGAAUGUCCUAGUUGCUGGAAGUCGGGGGGCUCUACCCUGAGCUGCGCAUGUCCCUGAGCCCCCCCCCACACUUCUCCUUGCUGUGUCUGCAUCUCGGGCCCCCCCUCACGCUGGCUGCCCCCCUGAGGGGGCCUGUGUGCGGGCGCCAGCCACCAAGCCCCAUGGGUCAAUGCCAUCUCCCGUGUACCCUCGCCGGCCCCCCAACUUCUCCCCCUCCCCGAAGAGCUGGGGGGGGUGUUUGCUCCUCACACCACCCUAACCUCGCCUGGGCCUUGUAUUCCUGGGGGAUCAGCCCCCCAGCCGUCUUCUCUUCACAUCCAAGAUCAUCCCGAGGGAGAAGCUCCGUCCCCUCCAGCUCUGGAAUGGCGGGUGCCGUGGCUUUAUUGUCAUUUGGGGGGUGCCACUUUCCAGUCUGAUUUCUCAAGCACCGCAGAGUGAGAAACAACCCCUUUACACUACAGGAAAGCUCGGGAUUUCUUCUUUUCAAUGCCACCAACCUCUUAUUUCUACUCCUAAUGCGGCCUGAGAUAUCUCACCUUAAAGCCCCAUCGUUUUCAGAAGCCUCUGGCUUCCUUUUCCCUUGCACCAGCCCGGAUUUAACGGCUCAUCUCUCUCGAGUGGCCAAAACCCCAAAUAAAAGGCCGAUGCCGGCCGAAAGCCAACAGCCCCAGCUUCGGAACGACGCCCGCCACACGGGUCUGCCUGCUGAAGCCGGGUGGGAGAAGCGAGGCAAGAAGGUAAUCGGACUGAUGUCAAAGGGCAGAGCGUUCAUUUGGCACCGGGCUGGAGCUGUGGGGUUUGGUAUUUCACGGCCGCCCGGGGCUGUAAACGCACGAGAUGCUCUUCCGUAGCACCAGUCCCGGCCGUGGGUCAGGAAGAGACGGGAGCUAACCCCUUUUUGGGGCGGGGAUGGGGCAGAGCACCCAGGAUCCAGUUGUCCCAGCGCCUCUGGAUGUGGGGUGCAGGUGGGGGGAGGAUUUCCCCCUUUCCCUCUCCAACUGCCCACUUUUGCCUCUCCAACUGGUUUUUCACUCCCUCUGUGUGGCCAAAGUAAACUCUUCUGCACCCCCCCCCCCCCGGGAGGGGAAAGGUCCCCUGCCCCAUUCUCCAUCCCCUUGAGCCAGCCGGCAACCUGUAGAGGGGAAGGGCCCUGUGUCCUUUUCAUUGACCCCGUCAGUCCCCUGCCCUGGGGCUGGUGCCCCCUCGAGGGGAAAAGCCCCAUAUCUGUACACAGCCCCCAGCUGCUAUACCCCCCCUCCACCACCAGGGGUUCCCCCUCCCUCAUGUUUCCCCCUCCUGCAAUGUGCCCCCCCCCCCCCAGACGUUCCCAGGGUUCAGGGCUGCAGGGGGCCUAAUCCCUCCUUGCCCUGCCCUGGGGCUGGUGCCCCCUCGAGGGGAAAAGCCCCUCAUCUGUACACAGCCCCCACCCAUCCCUCCUUGCCCUGCCCUGGGGCUGUGCCAGGGUGGGGGUCCCAGAACCUGGGCCAAGGCCCGUGCUCCCCCCUCCGACCCUCUGUGUGUGCUGGUGCCCCGAAUGUGUGGGGCGCAUGAAGGUGCCUUCUCUGCCCCCCCGUGUAAGUGAGCCUGUGUAUAUGUUGCUGAGACCUGUCCCCCCAGCCCAUUAAACGCCCUGGCGUGUGAA